UCUCUCUCUCUCUCUCUCUACUCUCUUGUUUUGAACGUUCGUCGUGGUGCUUGGGCUCUGGACUCAGCAUGGACAUGGGCUUGCUGCUGCUGCUGGACUAGGGUUUGGUUGUGGUUCAUUGCUCAGCGCCGGCCUGUGUUGGUGUGCGGUUUCGACGGCAGUGUUGACACGGCCUUGUUGCUGGCACGGCGAAGAAGGAGGACCGGAGCCGAAAGCAUGGAGUUCGACGAGUAUGACUACCUGGAGAAGAUGACGGAGGGUGGCGGCGACGCUAAGGGGAACAACAAUCAUGAAGGGGGCAACGGGAAUGAGCGAGACGGUCGGGGCCGGCGAAAUGCGAGCUACAAGCGUCGCAGUGGCGAUAGCGACGCACACGACCACCGGAGCAAGCGCACGCGUGGGGACGAUGAAGAGCGCGAGCGUGGAGACCGGGUGGACAAGGACCGAGAGAAGGAGAAAGAGAGAGGUGGAGAGAGGUCGGAACGCGAUCGGUCCAGGAGUGGGCGGGAUGUCGCUGGUCACGGCUCGCCUGGUCGAGCGCGAGAGGAACGGGGGUCAGAAAAGGAUGUUGAGAAAGAGCGAGGGAGCAGGAGCAGCAGGUCGGAGAAGAGCAGAGACAAGAGCGAGCGAGGUGACGGUGAUCGCGCGGAGAAGGAGUCUAGGCGUGAGGGCCGAGAGUCGAGUGUGAAGAAGUUGUCGGAGAAGGUGAGGUCACGGGAGAAGGAACGGGAAAGGGAGCGGGAGAGGGACAGAUCUCGUGAUCGUCAUCGCAGCAGGGAAAAGGACCGCGAGAGGGAGCGCGAGAAGGAGCGAGAAAAGGAGCGGGAGAGGGAGAAGGAUAGGGAGAAGGAUAGGGAGAAGGAGAGAGAGCGAGAGAAGGAGCGCGAAAGAGAGCAUCGGAGACGGUCGAGAGAGCUCAAGGAUCGUAAGGAAGAGAUUGUGGCUAAUGAACCGGAGGCUGACCCUGAGCGGGAUCAAAGAACUGUUUUUGCAUAUCAGAUAUCGUUGAAGGCCGAUGAGCGUGAUGUUUACGAUUUUUUCUCUCGGGCAGGAAAGGUGCGUGAUGUCCGGCUAAUCAUGGACCGGAAUUCGAGGCGUUCGAAAGGAGUUGGGUAUAUAGAGUUCUAUGACGCCAUGUCAGUGCCGAUGGCUAUUGCUUUAUCAGGUCAGUUAUUAUUGAAUCAGCCGGUCAUGGUGAAACCCUCUGAAGCUGAGAAGAACCUUGUACAAUCUACAACCGUUGUUCCGGGAGUUGCUGGUAGCUUCAUUGGCCCGUAUUCAGGAGGCGCCCGCCGGCUUUAUGUAGGAAAUCUUCACUUUAACAUGACUGAGGAUCAGCUUCGUCAGGUUUUCGAGCCUUUUGGUCCAGUGGAGCUUGUGCAGCUACCUUCGGAUAUUGAAACGGGGCAAAGUAAAGGGUAUGGGUUCGUACAAUAUGCAAGGCUGGAAGAUGCUCGUGCAGCGCAACAGAAUCUUAACGGGUUGGAGCUUGCAGGACGUCCAAUCAAGGUGUCAGCCGUUUCAGACCAGAUUGGUAUGGAGGAUAUGGGAGUGCAUCCUGGAGAACUUGAUGAUGAUGAGGGAGGUGGUCUGUCCUUGAAUGCUCGUUCGAGAGCUCUCCUUAUGCAGAAGCUUGAUCGGAGUGGAACUGGAACGAGCAGUGUUGCUUCUACCCUACCAGCAGCGCCUGCGCCAACUCUUGGCCUCCUUGGAACAGCUGUACCUCCUACUGUAACUCCUCUAGCGAGGCCUCCUUUUUUUGUUCAGAAUCCACUGGUCUUAGCAGGCGCUGCCCCGGGAUUAGGGGCUGCUGCUGCUCUCAGUUCACCUGCCCUCGCAAUGCCCUCCUUAACUGGUGCAGUUGAUGCGAUUGGGCAGCCGAGUGAAUAUCUGCUGCUCAAGAAUAUGUUUGACCCGAGCACCGAGUCCGACCCGGAUUUUGACAUGGAUAUCAAGGAUGACGUACAAGAGGAGUGCUCAAAGUUUGGUGUUGUGAAGCAUAUCUUUGUUGACAAGAAUAGCGCUGGUCAUGUUUACUUGUGCUUUGAUUCAAUUGCCGCGGCAAUGGCUGCUCAACGGGCUUUGCACGGGCGUUGGUUUGCUGGUAAAAUGAUUACCGCAACAUACCUGAGCGCACUGGCAUACCAAACGAAGUUUCCUGAAAGCAGAUAGAUCAGCAUGAGUGAUUGAUGUGGCGACCCGAUUAUGGCCUCUUUCAAGGAAUGCUGAAUUCGUAGCAUGCGUGGUGUCCUGAAUACUUCGCUGCAUCUGCGUCCGAAUUGGGCCCGAAAAGUAUUUGAUAACUUGCCAACCUUUUAAGUAAAAACGUUUGACAUAGUUUUGAGUAUCUUGGUUGCACUUGCAUCUUGUUAAAUGUUCUUUCCAAUUGUGGCCAAUUCUGGAACGCAUAGAUGGGGAUAGAGAUGUUGGAGAGUAGAAAGAGCUCCAGGUUUGUUGGAGAGUGUGCUUUUAAAUUUAGACACUUUCUAUUAUGAACUAUAAUGGUUUCAAGUUUUUCUCAUUAUAUUGUGGAAAUGUAACUUUGAUGACUUGGAUUUAGAAUUUUACUUCGUGUA